AUGUCGGACUGCGGAGGAGACUGCGGAAGUGACGGUGGGGACUGUGGAAACGACAGCGGGGGUGGAUCGUAUGGAGGCGACUAUGGUGGUGGAGACUCUGGAGGCAGUAUCGAGAUUAAAUCGUGUGACGACGAUUAUGUUAGUGGACACUCUGGAGGCAGUAUCGAGAUUAAAUCGUGUGACGACGACUAUGGUAGUGGAGGCGACCAUGGUGGUGAAGGCUCUGGAAGCAAAUGCAAGAGUGGAUCGGGUGGAGAUGACGAUUGUAGUAAAAACUGUGGAGGCAAAACUGACAGUGGAGAGUUUGGACGUGGAUACUUUGGAGGUGAUAUUAUUGACCUUGAAGAUUACCACCAUGACAGCGCAAACGUCUGGCUCCAUGAUGACGAUCCUAGCACGUACAGAAAUGUAUACACCUCUCCACACAGUUCUUAUUACCGAUCCUCGCGGCGAGGAGUAGGAAGAGUUGGAAGCGGUUCUUCUGAUUGCUAUUGUCCGGAUAGCGCCUCUGCGAAAUGCAUAACAAUCACAAUAUACGUAGUUACCGGAAUGCUUGUAUUCUACAUUAUAUUAGUAAUGAUGCGAUGA